AUGAAAACGAGUGAUGAAUUUCGGCAGCAAUUUAUGCCUGAUUUGGAUUUAAAUGGAGCUCAAUUUUCGUCAGAGUGUGACAAUUUGACGAGGAAGUCUGUAUCCAAUAAUUCUGACAGUUCCGCAACUAGUACAAUUAUUAAUACCAAUGGAGAAAGAGAACGAGCCAUUUUUUCUGAGAUCAUGGGUUUACGAACUUCUCAUUAUUCUAAUUUGGUACCUCUGGAAGCAUCUGGACUUGGACAACCGGCGAUGCUUCCACAUUUUCAACAGUCUUUACCAGAAACCAAUACUAUCAAUCCGCCAUCUUCUUUUUUCGGCUCACCGAGUGGGAUUUUUGACAAUCCAUCAAAUCUAGGUGAAUUCCAAAAUUUGACACAGCCACCUGCUAAUCUUUCCGGCGGACAGUUUUCUAUUCCAGGAUCAUUUGAAUCUGAUGUUAAAAGUGAAAAAGGACAAAAUCGACUAGAUUCGACAUUUGGACUCCAGUCAUUGGAUGAAAUCAAUGAACCAAUGCAUAAAAAGCGGAGGAUGAUCAUGGAUAACAGCGCUGAUAAUAUUGCUCGUAGUACAACGGAUGAAAAAAACUUUUCAAUCAACAAGUCAACUUUGAGUCCGAAAGAGAUUCUUUUUGAAGGCAAGCAUAAACUCCUAACGUUGAAAUUGACGAAUGAAAAGCAGGAUAAAUAUCUUGUCGAUUCCUCCGGUAAUAUCGUGGACUUUCGUGUUGCUGGUUCUCUUUUUGGUGGGUUUUCAUAUGAGGGAACUGGAGCAGGUAAGGAAAACUUUGCGAAAAUACCUAUUAUAUGCUACCGUAGAAACUACAUAAUUCUUGACAUUUGUUUAGGAGCAUCUGAAUGUCCUAAAUUUGUAUUAUUCAAGGAUGGAAGCAAAAAGGAGUUGAAAAGUAUAAAAGUUGAAAUACAGGCAAAGUCAAGAGUUUCGAAGAAUGGUAUUCCGUUGGUCCUCUUUGAUCCGAUGAUUUCGCAUAACAGCAAGUUUGGAAAAGUACCAAAGACCAUUAUAUCCGUACCUCAUGCUAUGGUUCAACCUUUCAAGGGAAGACAUAUGAUCAUUUUUAAUAGAUUUCAGUUUAAGAGUGCUACACCAACUAACAGAAAAAAGACACCCGUCAAUUAUUUUUAUAUUUCGGUCAAAUUACAUCUCGUUAUUUCUUGCGAUGGCGUUUCAAAGGGGAUAGCUUAUGGAGAAAUGAGAUCUAAUGAUAUUUCAGUUAGGGGUAGAAGUCCUACAUUUUACAACAAGCGGUAUGAUAUUUCGAUUUUAAAGGAAGUUUCGGAUUUUUCUUGGGAUAGUUUAUAUUGCAUACCUUUGGUCGAACAUGGGAAAAUGCAGCUCCAUAAAAGAGAGAAAGAUGCCUCUGGUGUUAAUAUUACAUGUAUAGGAAUGAGUACAUCUAAUAAAUGUGAUAACAAAAAGCUCAGGGCAAAAUACAAAUACAUACCAAUAAGUUCUUCUUAUUAUUUGCCUCCCAUUCGGCCUUAUUACUUGCCUCAUAGUGCUGCACAUAGGGAAGGGAAGAAUGAUCACCUGAACAUGAGAGAAUUCGCAAAUGCAAGCAAAUAUAAUUUUUUUAUUAAAAAGACCAGUGAUCCUGUUGUUUAA